AUGCUGCUCAUCUGUCAUUUUGUUCUAGCAUUUGCUCAAUUGGCAGGUUCAACCGCAGUCCCUGAGUGGAUGGAGACGGUCUGUGAAAACAGCUCCACGGAAUACUGUACAUCCCGACGUAAUAGUUCGAGUAACCUCGUUAGUUUGACGAAGACGCCUGUUAUCUUGAGCAUUCUACGAAGGAUGAUGGGACUUAAGCGCAACCGAGCGGUCUAUCCACGCUCUGAAGGCAGACUUGCUGAACAUCAACGCCAACAAGUUAACGCGCUGCUGAGACAACUGUUUGCCUCAAGCUACAAUGGAGGGUCCCAAGACAUCACAAAGCUCUGUCUUUUAUGGAGAGAAUACAAGUAUUACCAGCAAUCCACGCAGCAAGACAUACUCAACCGACUUAUAGAGCUUGGAAGCCAGCAAAACUUGUACCAGGGCCAGGGGGCCGUCUCAGCGUCUUCGCCCGCUCGCAAAAGCUACGGCGUUGGGUUUGCAGAUGAUGAAGACGAUGACGACCUCGAGAGACAGUUGGCUUCUUUGAACAUUUACGAAAACAGAUCAUCAGUUGACGAUGAGAUUCCUCGUUCAAAGAAUCGAAAACGCCGUAACUGA